UCCUGCGUGCGUGCGUGUGAGGUGUGUGCGUGCACUCCUACGGCGGUGGCGGGUGAACAUUUUGCAUGUUGAGAGUGCUCGCAACGACGAAACUUUGCCGGCUUCACUUUGCAGCUUCCAAAGAGGCAAACCAUACUGGUGUACCGUGCGAAAUUCCGUUGCGCGUAGUUGUGUCUACAACGUUGUGCCUGUGCGCGGCGGUGGGCUCGCAUAGUGGGAUGGGCAGCAAGUGUGCAGUUAUGCACCGGCUGCUUCUCUUGCGGAGGAUUGGUGCGAUUCAAAUGUGGAUAAACAUUUCAACGAGAGUUGGCUGAGUAUGUGCGCGUUGGAAGCAAAAUGUGCGUGUGUGUGAAAGCAUCGGUUGUUGUGACCUUCCCCGUGUUCGUACCACGUUGAAACGGAAUAGUAAUGGAACAAGUCAAGAGGAAGUCCUGCUCGAAAGGACACAGUCGUCGGUAGCGUGGUGUCAAGCACGGCCUUCCUAUAAAGCAGUAGGGAGGAAAUAAUUGAUUGCAGAGAAACUUGAAAAUAGUUCACGUAACCAGAGAAGACAUGGCUUCAUUUGUAGUUGAGAGGACGGGGCCUCCUCAAGUACCGGUGGACUCCUGAGGGUCUCUCCUGAAAGACUAUGAGGUUGUGGUGCUGCCUGGUGGUGAUUGUUGCAAUUAGUGGUGUGUCGGUGCUGGUGCUGCUGCCACUGGUCGAGUCUCCCGGUCACCAUCCACGGCUGCGGUCACGCCAAGGAGCGGCUUCCAGGCUGCACUUUCGCGCUGGCACACGUAGUACGGCCAGGGCGGACGCCUUUGGAGCUGCUGCAGUCCCUGAUGCGUCGAGGCUCGGUGCAAUCUUCAAUGCCGAAGAUCAGAGGAUCAAGGUGGAGGGCUACCACCAGCACGCGUUCAACGUUCUCAUCAGCAACCGGCUGGGAAAGGUGCGCACCCUGCCAGACACACGAAACCCCCUCUGCCGUCAGCAGGUGUUUGAGGAGGAGCAGUCGCUGCCGGCAGCCAGUGUGGUGGUGUGCUUCUACAACGAGGCCUGGUCGGCACUGGUGCGCACCGUGCACAGCGUUCUCGAACGCACCCCAGCCUCUCUACUCCACGAGCUGAUCCUCGUUGAUGACAACAGCACCUUGCCUGAGCUGGGCGUGCAGCUGUCUCGCUACGUUGCUUCUGAGCUGCCUUCCAAUGUGCGCCUCAUCCGCACACCAGCGCGAGAGGGACUCAUCCGUGCCCGCAUGUAUGGUGCGCGCAAUGCUUCAGGACAGGUGUUGGUGUUCCUGGACAGCCACUGUGAAGUGAACGUGGGCUGGCUAGAGCCCAUGCUGGCACGCAUUGGCGCCAACCGCACCACAGUAACGUGUCCCGUUAUCGACAUCAUCAAUGCAGACACUUUUGAGUACAGUGCGUCACCCAUUGUGCGUGGUGGCUUCAACUGGGGCCUUCACUUCAAGUGGGAGUCCCCGCCCAGGCUGCGGGGCCCACGGCAAGCCAUCGACCCUAUACCUUCACCAACCAUGGCCGGCGGCCUGUUUGCCAUGGACAGGCAGUACUUCCACGAGCUGGGCGAGUACGACGAUGGCAUGGACAUCUGGGGUGGCGAGAACCUUGAGAUCUCUUUCCGGAUCUGGAUGUGUGGAGGGCGCUUAGAGAUCCUGCCCUGCUCACGGGUGGGGCACGUGUUCCGUCGAAGACGCCCCUACGGAUCCCCGAGCGGCGAGGACACGCUGACGAAGAACUCUCUUCGUGUGGCACACGUCUGGAUGGAUGAAUACAAGGCGUACUACCUGCAGACACGGAGAGAUGCCCGCAACCAGUGGUACGGGGAUGUGUCGGCACGGAAGGAGCUGCGCAAGCGUCUCAAGUGCCGCUCCUUCGACUGGUACAUGCACCACGUCUAUCCCGAGCUGAGGCCACCGAGCCCCGAGGACCUGGCACCCCCGAAGAAGCGCAAGAAGUUCCCUCCACCCAAGAACCUCGAUCUGCUACGUCGCAAGAUGCCCGCCAUCAUUGGCCGCUUUCAGCUGCAGCUGUCGGGCACUCACCUGUGCGUAGAGUCUGAGGACGACGUCACCACCAAGGGCACCGUGUUCCUGCUGCAGGAGUGUGCCAAGGUUAAGCGCCAGCUGUGGUACGAGACGGCGCAGCAUGACCUGCGCUUGGCACAGAGGCUCUGCCUGGACGGGGGCGACGAGUACCCACGACUUGCCAAGUGCCACGAGAUGGGUGGCUCCCAAGACUGGCGCCAUUCCAGCAAUAAAAGCACUGCUCUGUACAACCUGGCAGCCGGCCUCUGCCUGGGUGCCAAGAAAGCUCGCGCCGGUCAGCACGUGACUCUCGAGAUGUGCAACGAUGUCAAGGUGGUGCGCCACUGGGACUUCCGCUUGGUGGGUGCACACUGACGCACCAAGCGUCAGUGAAGACAUACCGGUGCACUGCGUGUCGAUGUGUGGACUCUGUGAUGACACCCUUUGCCUCGAUAGGGUGUUACAAUAGACUUUGCACUGUUUGGAUUGGUUU